AUGCUCCGUAUGCUUGGCAUCCUAACCGCCAGAGUCAUGAUAGAUGGUGAUGCCCCCCACAACGAGACUUGGGUCACUCUGACCACCGAGUACUUACAUGCUGGGGUGAGACACGCGCAUGCCUUGAAGUUCUGGCCCCCGAUGCUGAGGCCGCUCGUUCAUCGAUUUGUGUCAGGGUACGCCGAGGUUGAGAGGCAACUCAGCCUCGGAAGGUCGAUAGUUGUCAACGCUAUCCGCAAAAUUGAUGAGCGAGAGAAGACCGGAGUACCAGAGCCUCAGCCAACGAGUGUGCUUUACCAUAUGUCUCGUAAGGCACCAGGUACUUCUUCCGCGGUCAUUGACAUGCAUCUCAAGGAGCAAAUGAAUCUUGCUGUCGGAGGAAUACACACCACCUCUGCCGUGCUCACCCAAACGCUAUUUGAACUUUCGGCACAUCCAGAGUAUAUACCAGAGUUGAGGAAAGAGGUGAUUGAUACUUUGGUCAAAUUCGAUGGGGCGUUUUCGAAAGCUGCUUUGUGGGAUAUGCACAAGUUGGACAGUUUCAUUCGGGAGACUCAUCGCCUGAACUCGCCAAACCUGACAACUCUACAGAGACGCGCUAUCCAGGAUGUCACCCUCUCCGACGGCACCUUCAUCCCGAGUGGAACAAAGCUCGAGCUCCCCACGUUCGCCAUCCACCGUGAUAGCGAAUUCUUCGAUGACGCUACUGAAUUCGACGGUUACAGAUUCUUGAAGUUGCGCCAGGGAGAUGACAAAGAUGGCGGAAAGCAUCACUACGUCAGCGCUCGUAGGGACAUGUUGGGCUGGGGUUUAGGCAAGACGGCGUGUCCUGGGCGAUUCUUAGCUGAUAUCGAGAUCAAGCUGAUUGUCGCAUUCAUCCUGAUGAACUACGAUAUCAAGAACCCGGACGGCCAAGGCAGACAUGCGCAUGUUCAUUUCGAGAAUCAGGUUUUCCCUGAUCCGGUCAACCCGGUACUAAUGAAGAAGAUUUCGCGCGAGGACAUUGACGAAAAUGGUCAUGUUAGACAGUAG